UUUUCAGUUGUUCUGCUGUAGAUUUGCUAUAUUUGACAUGAAUAUUUUGGUUAUACAAAGGGGCUCAUGGUCAGCUCAAUGACUGUGAGGUGCCCAGGUCCUGUGGCUGAGAACCACGCCCAAAACAUCCCCCCACUUCACCACCUGCUGACAGCUAGUAUGAGGUGUUUGGUUGUCAUGUCCCCCAAAAGGGCCAAGGGGAUGAGGAGUAACAAUAGUAAGUCCAGGAGGAAAAAGAAAAGAUAAAAAACCUUUAUUAAAAAGGACUUAAAGAGAUGGCUACACUAUAACAAUCAAACAAAUAUGUCAACAAACUAAAACACGCUGAAAAGAAAGGAAAUCAUUAACAAACCAAAGAAAAACACUGCUGCUGUCAGCAGCUACACACUGGUAGCUCAAACACACCACUAAAUGCUCUGUAACAGUACACCUAAAACCAGUAAUUUGCAGCUGGGGGGGAAACAGCUACUCACUGAUACCUCAAACCCCACACCUAAGCUCACCACAGCACUCACUCUGAGUGACUAAGUGGGCCGUCACCAGCUUUUAUGCAGGUGGGUGGUUAAUUGCUGAGUGGAGCCAGCUGUGCACCAGCUCCUCAGAAGAAAUGGGUGGCAGCUGAAGUCAGAAGGAAAGGAAAACAGGACACACACGCAAAGUUUGCUAGGGCGUGACAGUAGUGCUGUGCAUCGUGGCUAAACACUUUGGCGUUGUCUCUUUAAAGGACAUUGUUUCAGAGGGAUGGAAGGAAAGCAGGGAGACUCCUCACUUGACUUGAGCCACCUGACGGAGGAGGAGCAGACCUCCAUCCUGCAGGUUGUACAGCGUGACUUGGAGUUACGUCGCCGUGAUGAAGGACGUGUAAGAACCCUCGAGCAGAGAGAGACGAACUCAACCCGUCUGCGCUUCCUGUCAGGGGCGUGGUUCAGCGAGGAGUGUAGCAAACGCCAUCUCAACUGGACUUCGGGCUGCGACCUGGUCCACGCCACCAUCCGCCACAGGAAGACAAAGAGCAGAGAUGUGUCCCUGAAUGGACUUUUCAACAUAGAGCGAGAGGACAACAACAACACUUUACUCGAGACUGAAGGACGUGUGAAGGACAGCAACCAGGAAGAAACUGAAGGGACUCAGAGUUUGAAACCGGUACCCACAUCCACAGUAAACGGACCCGUGUCACAGGGUCUCCAGCACAGUAACAGCUCCUCAUCAUCCAAAGAAUGUGAAACCAGAAGUAACGGCCAAUUGGAGGAACCUGAGGAAGACUUGAUUGACAACUGUAAUGGGGACACUGACUCGCUGAGCAGCCUGACAGAGACGGAUCCUUCUUCUCUGAGAACUAGCAGCUCCACCAACAGUCUUCAUUCAGGCUACGUGCUCAGCGGUAGCAUGAUGAGUCUGUUCAGCUCGGGGGAUUUCGGAGUGGUUGAGGUGAGGGGCCGUAUCCAGUACUCAUUGGCUUACAACAGCCAGAGGGAGGAGCUGCAGGUCAAAGUGUAUCGUUGUGAGGACAUUGCUGCAGCACGCAAGAACCGGUCUGACCCAUAUGUUAAAACCUACCUCCUGCCGGACAAGUCAAAUCACAGUAAGAAGAAGACUUCAGUGAAGAAGAAGACCCUAAACCCAGUUUAUGAUCAGACACUCAGAUAUAAGGUGCGGAUCGGGGAGCUGCGGAGUCGGACCCUGAACCUCUCUGUGUGGCAUGCCGAGCCCCUGGGGAGGAACGUAUUUCUCGGGGAGGUGGAGGUGACUCUGGCGCUCUGGGAUUGGACCUGCACACAGCCUCUGUGGCAGGACUUGCAGCCACGGGUUUAUCUGAGCCCAGACUCCAUUAGCAGUCGUGGGAACAUCAUGUUCUCUAUUAAAUACAUCCCAGAAGGAUAUGAAGGUGGCGGUUUGCCUCUGACCGGAGAGGUUCACAUCUGGCUUCGGGAGGCUCAGGGUCUCCUGUCCAACAAAGGAGGUGCUGUAGACUCCUUUGUUAGAAGCUACAUACUCCCAGAUGCAAGUCGUCAAAGUGGUCAGAAGACCCGGGUGGUGAAGCACUCCAUCAGUCCUACCUACAACCACACCAUGGUAUACGACGGCUUCCAUACCAGCGACUUGAGGGAGGCUUGUGCUGAGCUGACGGUGUGGCAACGCGAAGGGUUAAAGACUCAUGUCCUCGGGGGCGUCCGUCUGAGCUGUGGAACUGGUCAGAGUUACGGCGAGGUCGUCAGCUGGAUGGAUUCCACAGAAGAGGAAGUCACUGUGUGGAUGUCCAUGAUUGAGAAUCCAAACCACUGGAUUGACGCAACGCUACCGAUCAGAACUAACCUCACCCGGCGGUCUGAGUGACUCAGACGUAUCCUGCACUCAAGCGGAAUCAUUCGUAUGCACGUUGCUAUUAUGGUCGGACUGAAGGGAAGCCAUCUGAACAUUUACCUCUCUGUCGCAGUGAUGCACACUUAAACACACAGGUGUUUUUCAUAUGUCCAUACUAUAUACUGUACAUGGCACAUAAACACACAGGGAGGUGUAAGCAGUGGUAUAAUAUUUUGCCUUAAUGGAGUGGAUUGGAUCGGUUCAGUCUGGGUCUAAUCUGGCAAAGAGGCACUUUUUGUUAUUCAGUGUAGUUUAUGAAGUACAAAUCUAAGUGUUGAGUCAUUAGUGCCCUGGCUUAGUGACUUCUCUGUGAUAUUACAUGAAGUAAGAAGGGGGUGGGAGGUCUUUCCUUUUAUUUCAAACUCAGUCUCAGCCCUUUCAGACAAUUUAAGAAAGGCAGGCCUGAUGACUUUCACAGAUAAUUGUAUCUUUUUUUAGGUAUCACUAUUGUAAAUAAUUUGGAAAGCCCUUGCAGCUGAAUUCACUCAGCUAAUCUCUUUUGACUGAAUAGCUGACUACCACCUUGUGGUCAGACUGUAUACAAAUUCUCGACACACUGAGCAAAUGACAGGGGGCGCAGUGACGGUCACAGGCAAAGAAGUGAGAAGAAAAGGGCCUGUUUCCAUGUUUCCCUAAAAAUAAAGAUUAUUUGUCACAUCAGCUAUUCUUCUUUAUAUUUCUCACCAAGUAAGAAUUUACUACAUGAAUCAUGAUUCAUAACUUGUGUCCAGCAGAUGGCAAUAUUUACAAUACUUUUUCAAGCUGGAAUAACAGUAAGUGUCUGUGUUUUGUGUCUUAACGUUUGUGAUUUCUGCAUCUCAUCGCAGGUUUUCCUUAAGUUGCACCUUUCUUGUUGACACCAGAUACUGGAAGUCCAUUAUUAUUGGUAUAAAGAGGCUGUUUGAAGGCAAUAUUAAUUGUUGAAAAACAUCUGCAAGACACUGUAAGAAUCAAAUGUUAUUGGUUUCAUAGUUUCCCCUGAAACACUAAGCUCUUGUGGUGAAUUUUUAAAUGUCGGUCAUUCUGUCUUUAUAUAAUUAGCUUUACUAUUUUAUUACUUUUUAUUAUUGCCUUGGAUAGUUAUGUAAUUCUAAUUUUGUGUGCCCUGCAGAUAUUCACCAUUGAGGUUUCUUUCUGAGAACUGCGGUCUGUUUGAUAUCUGCUUCACAACACUGUCUGCUUAAAAUAAUGUAUUAAUCUUCUGCUCCUGUAAGCUUUUUGUCAUGAGAAAUUACAGGUUGUCCUUGUUUUCUCCUUGACUCAUUUUUCAUGUCUAAUAUGAUAUCUAGCCGAGAGACAUCAGUUGAAAAUUACUUCUGACUCUAGCAGGUCCACGGUGUUGAAUCAUCCUUGAAAAACUAAAUUAAAGUGACUGUGCACUUUUAUUUUGUGGGGGGCUGGUGGUGGAUGUACUCUCCUUACAUAUCUGUUAUGUAUCUAUUUGCAUUAGACCCUCAAAAUUGCCCUUUAAAUCAUCAGAUAUACAUGCUUUACACUUGCAUGUUUCAGAACAAAUUUUAAUAUUAGACAAAGAUAACUUGAGUAAAUUAAAAAAAAACAGUUUUUAAAUGAUUUAAUCUAUUCAAGGGAAAAAGUUCUCCUUGUUAAAUCAUGAAUUCACUUUAACCACAUCACAGACCUGUUGAAUCAAAAAAUGACAUGGUAAUAGAACCUAUCAGACAAAGUGAAGUGGAUUAAAAGUUUUCAAAAAGUAACACAUCAUGCCUCUAAAGAAACUGCUGGGAAACAAAGUCGCUGACAUCUGUCAGACUGGAAAGGGCAACAAAGCCAUUUCUAGUGCUUUGGGACUCCAGCCAUUAUCAACAAACAGAAAACUAUGUUGAAUUUUGUCAGGAGUGGCCGGCCCUCUCAAAUUACUCCAAGAGCAGAUUAACGACUCAUCCAAUGACCAUCAAACAAUCAUCUCUAGCUGCCUUGCUGCUUUGUCUCAUAAACUUAAAUGGGAGCAAAAAAACCCCCAAACCCAUCAGGAAUGGGGCACUGUAUAUUGGAAAAUGCCUUGCAAGCAUGCUACAAUCUGGAAAAACAAGUACAUUUUAUAUGAGAAAGUCAUUUUUAAAAUAAAUAAUAUUGGGCUAUAAUACAUUAAAUGAAUGAUUAAUAUUUUGAGAUAUACGCAUUUAAUUGCAUAUAUGAAAUAUAUAUUUUUGGAGAAGUUGGAGCUAUUUCCGUGGCUUUGAUGAAUCUGACUAAAGGAAUGCUGCACUAUUCUUCCAUAACACCCACAUUUUCUUUUCUUUUUCUCAAACACCAAGAUACUUUAGAUGGUAAAUAUAAAUUUUAGCAAAGCUUUUAUUAGGUUCCUGAAGCGACUAACAGUAAACAUUUCCCAAAUCUGCAUUAUAAACAUAAACAGUAUAUAGCCGCCCUCUUCCUGAUGUGGGAUUUUGGUCUGAUGAUGGGUUAAAAAACCAUUUUAACAUGUUUCAUGUGUACCUGUUCAGUAUAUAAAUGAACGUGUAUUCUGAAGGAGAAUAAAUAGCCCUAAGGAAAGACAGAAAAACAAUGGGUUUUUGGUCAGCCAGCGGUUCAUUGUCAUUCUAGUGGAAC